AUGGCUCUACUCCAUUUCCUCCAAGGCAAUAUCAACCACUGCGCCGGAGCCCAGGAUCUUUUGCUCCAGAGUCUGGCGGAGUGGCAGAUAGAUGUGGCGGUGGUGGCUGAGCCCUAUUUCGUACCGUCCCGGGACAACUGGGCGGCUGACUUGGAUGGACUGGUGACGCUCGUAACGCAGGGCGGCACAGUAAUGGAAAGGGUAGUCCGGCGGCGGGGUUGUGUCUCGGCCUCGAUCAAGGGUAACACAGUGAUCGGGGUCUACUUCUCUCCCAACCGUGGCCUGGAUGAAUUCGAGCGGUUCUUGGCAGAUCUGGGGGAACUGAUUGACCUAGCUCCUUCGCAGCCCGUGCUUCUGGCCGGAGAUUUCAAUGCCAAAUCAAUGGCAUGGGGAUCAUCGGUGAGAAAUGCGCGGGGUGCGGUGCUGCAGGAGUGGGCGGUCGCGGCUGAUCUCUCGGUCGUAAAUCGCGGGAGUGAGCUUACCUGCGUGCGGCAAAGAGGGGGCUCCAUCGUCGACAUCACCUUCGCUAGCCCCCCCCCUUGCAAGGCGAAUUACUGA